GAGUUUAUAAAACUGUACAAAAACAAACAAACAAAAAAAGCACUGUUUUGGUUGCUGUUACUCCCGUCCAUUUUGCAGAAUGCAGCCUUUUGACAGCAUGUACUAAAGUCGAUUUAAUCCACACUGUCCCCGCUUUUUUGUUUUGCCAACUGGGCCUCAGGUGUGUGGAGGGCUGGCUGAGGCUUAGAGCUGGAGCAGAGCACUGGCCUUCGGGGGGCAGAGUCAUAUAGGAUGGAAAAAACUGAAGUUAAGGAAGUAUUUGUCAUGUAAAUACAAUUAACAUUGAUAAUAAUGUACAAAGUCAAAAAGCCCAGAAGUUAUUGUUGUGAAUUGGAGGGAAGAGGUCCCUCAACCAAUAACAGUUGGUUGUAUUCAUGCAAGUCAUAUUGGGUUGAAGCUAUUGAAGUUUUAAGGAAUAAUUUGUUUAUGUAAAUUCAAUUUAAAUUAAUUGAAAAUAGCAUAAAUCAAAAAAUACAAAGUAAUUUCCGUAGAUUGUACAGACGAGGUCCCUGAAUCAAUAACAGUUGGUUGUAUUCAUUAAAUUAAAUUAAUUGAAAAUAGCCAAAGUAAAAAAAAAUAAUAAUAAUAAUUGCCGUAGAUUGUACAGACAAGGUCUAUGAGCCAAUAACACCUGGUAGUAUUCAUGAAAGUCAUAUGGGGUGAAAGCUAUUGACGUUUUAAGGAAGUGUCUUUAAUUUAAAGUCCAUUCAAUAUCAUAGAAAAUAGCCAUAGUCAGAAAAUACUAAAGUAUAUGCUGUAGAUUGUACAGACAAGGUCUCUGAACUCAUAACAGUUGGUUUUAUUUAUGAAGUCCUUAGGGGUGGAAGCUAUUUAAGUGUUAAUCAAGUCUUUUUUUUACAUUUAAUGAUAUUAAAUUAAUAGAAAAUAGCCCAAGUAAAAAAAUACAAAAGUAAUUGCCUUACAUUGUAUUGAUGAGGUCCCUGGACCAAUAAAAGUUGGUUGAAUUCAUGUUAGUCAUAUGGGGUGGAAGCUAUUGAACUUUUAAACAAAAAUUUUUUAUACAUUAAGAGAAAAAAAUCAUUGAAAACAGCCAAAGUUAAAAAUAUAUACAAAAGUUAUUGCCAUAGAUUGGAUGGUCGAGGUCCCUGAACCAAAAUUGGUUGUAUUGGGUGGAAGUAUUUGGGGUGGAAGUAUUUACGUUUUUUGGAAGUAUUUAUCUGUAAAGUGAUUUAUUUUUAUUUUUAUAAAGUUACAACAUUUCCGUCGAUUCGAGAGAAGAGGUCUAUGAACAAUGUCAAGUUGAUUUGAGAGCGAUGUCAUGUGAUUGAGAAAUGAUUGACAUGUCCCAUCAACAUGCAAAAGUAGGCGUUGCAGUUUUAAAACCUGACGGCUGAGCGGAGGAGAGCAGUGUUUUAGGUACACUUCGACUCCAAAAAGAAAAUACGACACCGAAUUGCAAAAACAAGGGGUGUAACUUGUUCGCUAUCGUUAGCUGGUUCAUAUGUAAUUUAUAUAAUUCUUGCACGUUCCGUUUAAGAGGUAUUAACGAGUCCAAAUCUUUAAUAUAAAGCUAACUACACCGCAUUCUCACAUUCUGACUGCGCUGCCCUCUGUAGCGGGUGAUUUACGUCUCAUGGUGGGGAGUUAGCUAGUAAUACUGGUGUUUAAAAGAUGAAGUUGUCUUCUGUUGUAGUAACAUUGGUAUUAACGGUGGGUAUUCCAUAUUACAUAUAUGCACCGUUACCUGCUGCCAUCGAGGAGCCUUUGAAACUGAUGCUGCUGGACGCCUUAUUCCGUGCUGUGCUGCAAGUGGGUGACCUGUGCCAGUGUCUGGGUCUGAGUCAUCACAUCCCAGUGAUUCGGGGGUCUGUAUCGGGGCUGGAGUUCCUGGGGGAGAUGGCGGGAGGGCAGGGAGGUGGGGUGAGGGUGAGUGAUGUGGACUUUGACGGAGUCCCGGUGCGCUUGUACGAGCCCCCCGCCGUGGGGGGAGGAGAGGGGGGGCUGAGGAGGGCUGUGAUGUUCUACCAUGGAGGAGGAUGGGCCCUGGGCGCCGCCAAGAUGGGGAGCUAUGAUGUCUUGUGUAGGCAGAUGUCUGAUGAGCUGAAUGCAGUGGUUGUGUCUGUUGAGUACCGUUUGGCUCCAGCAGUGCAUUUCCCUGUGCAGUAUGAGGACUGUCUGGCCGCGGCCAAGCACUUCCUGGAUCCGGGCAUUCUGGGAAAGUUGUCUGUGGAUCCACAGCGCGUGGCCGUGUCAGGCGAUAGCGCUGGAGGAAACCUGGCUGCAGCCGUCGCACAGCAGAUCUCGGUAGAUGACAGUGUGAGUGUGAAGUUCAGUGUUCAAGCGUUGAUCUACCCAGUCCUCCAGGGUCUAGACCUCAACACUCCAUCCCACCAACAGAACCACAACAUGCCCAUCCUACACCGCUUUAUGAUGGCCAGGUUCUGGCUGCUCUACCUGGGGGUUGAUACCUCUCUCCAUCCCCUCCUAUUGUCCCCCUCCUUACUCCACCAUCCUUCCAUCCCUCCCUCCAUCCGCUCCCAUAUCAACUGGACCACCCUUCUGCCGGCCAAACACAUGAAGCAUUACAAGCCUGUUGGCAUGGAGACGGGGUCACAGGAGGUCACGGGGCAGGAGGGAGAUCUUCUCCCGGGGUUGCUGGAUGUCCGAGCGGCGCCGCUGCUGGCGGAGCAGGGGGUUCUGGGUAGAACCCCGCGAGCUUACAUUCUAACGUGUGAGUACGAUGUGCUCAGAGACGAUGGGUUGAUGUACACCAGGAGGCUACAGGACGCGGGCGUUACGGUUUCCAGCGAUCACUAUGACGACGGUUUCCACGGCGCCUUGAGUUUUGCGCACUGGCCGUUUUUCUUCGAUGUAGGGAAAAGAAUGAUCAGAGGAUACAUGGACUGGCUGCAGGAAAACCUCUAGUGUGUGUGUGUGUGUGUGUGUGUCUAUGCACCAUCAAACUGGGUUGGACUGGUGUUUUAAACUGCGUUAGAAUGUAAGAAUAUAACACAGAUACUGUUCCCUGAUUGUAGCUGUUUGCACUCUGGGGUGUGUGUGCAUGUGUCGCAAUACGUUUGCUUCCAUUAAACACACACACACACAGGUCAUCCUAUCUCAGCGCUGCUCACCUGACCUGAACAAUACAUAUGCUGCGUUUUAAAUGUGCAGUCUGUUAUCUGUCUGUCCCCUCUGGUCACAGGAUGCAAUCCACAAACAAAGGAGGCUCAAACUAAUACACAAAAAUAAACUUCCAUCUAAGACAAUCAAUGCGCAGUAUUAGAAUGUAGUAAUCUGGGUAAUCUGAUGACUCCAUAACAGUCCUAGUUCUAGACUAGAUUGGGUUAAAUUAUGUUAUGUGUACAACUGGGUUAUGCAUCAAUGCAAUCUAAAUAGAAUUGUGCCUACAUGGAAAAACAAUGAGUACUCAAAAGGUAGUGUCAUACAACACGAUCCCCUGGUGCUGUAAAAAGCAAUAACAAAACAUGAAAAAGUAUGUUCUUUAGACAAGGUAUUGAGUGCGGACUUCAUCUACAACCUGACUGUAUUUAACACACUUUUCAACCCACAACACUGUGAGAGCUUGAUUGUUUUCCACUGAACAGAAUGAUCUCAGUUGUCCCCAGUAACUGCUGCUGGGUGUGAGCACUUUAUGUACAAUUGUGAUUGAAAUGGUUGAUAGAUUUUUAACCCUCCAAUAAAUACUGAUCAGUUUGA